AGGACCCACAGCUUGCUAGCAGACAUCCAACAUGAUCUAGCUAUUCAAGAGUUGAUUGGCCAGGCACAAGCAAACGCGGAAGUCAAGGGCGCUGGGGAUUCCCCGAGGGAAGUUCCCAACGCAUUGUAAAACAUGUAGAAUGUUCAUUUGAGUGAAAUAUAUCAUUUCCUCUCUUACCUCGUGAAAAACAGCUAAGGCUGGAGCCGUCUCAAAAUAUCUCACAAAUGUAGGUCUCUCGGAACUUUUCGGCAGAAGGGCUCAUGAGCGAUCUGUCAGUGAUGGUUCUGAGGUCCGAGGUAUGGAGAAAAAUAUUGCUGACCAGCUCAACAAAGCCUUUGAAGCCUACCGCACAGCCUCCAUUGAGCGAGACAAUGCCAAGAGGGAACUGAAGCAAAAGACUGACUAUUAUGAAAGAUACACACUGAAGCUUCAACAGCAGAUAGAGGACCAAAAUCAACAGAUUUCUAGACUUCAAGCUCAAUUAAUUUCAGCAACAAAUCAUGCCUCAGGUGAGAUAAAGUGUUACGAGACUGGCCACCGAAAACAGGAAGCUGAGCCUUUGUCACCUCGCCCCAACAAGUCAUCCUCGCGGUCCUAUAGGACAAACCACUUCCUGGGGGAUGAUAUCAGGGACUGUUCGGGGAUGCAUCUUCACGCUGUUGCUGGAGUGAGUGGUAGUGAAACUGAAAACAUCCUUGAAGCCUUUCAGGAAAUUCAGGGGAAAUUCCAGCUGAUAAGGACGCUCACCAAAAAACAGAAAGAUCACCUGAAAAGAAUACACAGAGGGAAUGAUUCUGCAAAUGAGCCACAGUUCUCUAUGCCCAUCCAGUGCACGGACGUGACAGCCGAGCGGGCUGAGGCUUCCUUCUCUUCCUCCUCCUCGUCCUCUUCCUCCUCGGCUGUGGUGCGAGCCAGCGUGGACGAACCAGUGUCCGCUAGCUCGUUAGCUGCCGGUGGAUUAGCCGUUGGCCCGUUAGCCGUUAGCUCGCUAGCCUCACGUGGGGCCAACCCUGAGGACGGCGACUCUGUGGACUCACUCACCAAGCUAAGUGUUAAAUUCCCGCCGCAGACGGACAGUGAGUAUGACUUCCUCAACAGCACACCGGAGAAGCCUGUGGAGCUGCCCACGGGCACUGGGCACCGGACUGGCUUGCUGACGAGCGUGCUCCCCACUAUUGAGGAGCCCUCAAAGGAACCUUUUGCCUACCCAUCCUCUCUGCCUCCCUCGUCCUCCAUACCCUCAGUUACUUCAGAGAUGCUAGAGAGCGUACGUGGGCCUCAGCAGUGAUGACUGUGAUCAACAUGGGUAGCUGAGGACAUUUAUUUAAUCUUGUUGGACCAAGGAUUUGAAGAUGGACAGUUUGAGAUGUGAGUGCACAUCUGGAGAUAACCUGCCUAUAACAUGGCGAAAAGUCAUGCUUAUUUCAUGCUUAUGCUUGCUUAUUUGUUGUAUUUGUACAACUACUUUGCACAUUCAUCUUUACAAAGGGUUUGGGAUUACUGAAAUGCACAAAACACUACCAUCCUAUUGUGGAUUUGGCUCUUAAAGGUUUUAUAUAUUGGCACAGAUCCUCUAUUUCGAAGAUUAAGUAGCACUAACAUAUGAAGUAGGUACUUUUACAUUAGAAGAUUAUGCAUGGUCAAAGAGAGGUAUACUGUCAUAGUAUUGUGUAACACUGCAAAAGGAAACGCAGAUAUAGCAGGUGUGAAUAUCUUCAUCUCAUUAAUAUAGACAUGGAUUGUUUCUGUAUGACAGUUAGGAUGCCUGCAUUACCUACCUACACUGACACCUGUAAUAUGUUAUGUUCAUGUUUACCCAGUAAUAGUGAUAUAGACUUUGUAAUUAGACAGCCAGGUAAUACCAAUUUAGGCUUGUCUGAUUUAAAUGACUCAUGCAGAAUGAUGGUGAUAGUAAUUAUAUUUUUAGUUCAUACGUCAUACACUUUCAGAACUUUCAUACACUUUCAGUAAACUAGUUGUUUCAUUUUUACCAUUUGUUACUUACAACAAAGAUUAGUCCCAAGUGUUUCAUCUGAUGAGUGAUAUAUGAUUGAGGUUAAUUAUUACAAUCAGCUUCUUACCUGUGGUGAAACGUUAUUUUUAGUCCUAUGUUGCGCUUGAUACAGCAGACUUUUGUAAAAGAGCACAUACAAGUUUAACAGCAAUGUUAUUUACUGAUGCUCGGCAUGGUAACCGCAAUUUAUGACUACGCGGCAUUGAUGUCUGCUAUGAAUUCUUUUUGUGGGCUAGAUUACAGUAAUCAAAUAUCAAGACUUGUGGAAUGGAGGAUUAGUUAGAUAUGGAUAAAAUAUGUCAUUACUACUUGGACUACUUUGCCACACAACAUUUUGAUUUUUGUGCCAUGAAGGUCAGACAAAGUUAAUUGUCCUUUGAAACCAGCAAAUUGUGUAUGCCCCAUAACAUGAAUUAAAGAUUGUAUCAGCAAUUGCAGGCCCCAAAAAGGCCCAAACAUAAAUGAUCACAUUCAUCUAAUCUUUCCAAACGAUCUGCUAGCUGC